UUUCUUUUUCUUCUUCAACCAAUCAUAUCUAUAUAUAUAUAUAUAUCCUUAACUCAAUCAAAUUGAAAACGCAUCUACUUUGACCAAACCAAACAAUGGCCUCUUUCAAUCUCUCUUCUUCCUCCUCGCCCGCCCUCUCAUGUCUGCGGGCAAGCAAACACUUCAAAUUGUUCAAUGAUGUGUCCUCUGUCCGGAUCAAUUCUAAAUUUCCCUCACGUGUCGAUGUUGUCGGUGGAAUUAAGGCUACAUUGAUCUCUGAAGGAGGUGACUUAUUUUCCUAUCCAAAUAGCAAUGAAAUUGUGUUAGGUAAAAAUCUGGUUGGAGGUGAAUCUGUUCGAAUUGAGGUGCAACCUAAAGCAACACUGGCAGCAGACACAGGGCUAACAAGCAAUUUUUUCUCUGUUGACAAUGAUGAAUUUGAUUUGGACAGUCCCACAGAAGGUUUUGCUUCCAUCAAUGAGGCCAUUGAAGACAUUCGCCAGGGAAAGAUGGUAGUGGUUGUGGAUGAUGAAGACCGAGAAAAUGAAGGAGAUUUGAUAAUGGCAGCACAAUUGGCAACACCUGAGGCAAUGGCUUUUAUUGUAAAGCAUGGAACUGGGAUAAUUUGUGUAAGCAUGAAGGAGGAAGAUCUGGAUAAACUGAAUCUUCCUUUGAUGGUGAACAGUAAGGACAAUGAUGAGAAACUUCGUACGGCAUUCACUGUGACUGUGGAUGCUAAACAUGAUACCACCACCGGGGUAUCAGCUCAUGACAGGGCAACAACAGUCUUGGCCCUUGCAUCUAGAGAUUCUACUCCAGGCGAUUUCAACCGGCCAGGCCAUAUUUUCCCACUAAAAUACAGGGAAGGUGGUGUCUUGAAGAGAGCUGGGCAUACAGAAGCUUCAGUUGAUCUUGCUGUACUUGCUGGCUUGGAUCCAGCGGCAGUUCUGUGUGAGAUUGUAGAUGAUGAUGGUUCCAUGGCUAGACUGCCAAAGCUUCGCCAGUUUGCAGAGCGUGAAAAUUUGAAAAUUGUAUCUAUUGCUGACUUAAUAAGAUACAGAAGAAAAAGAGAUAAAUUAGUAGAUCGCUCUUCUGCUGCACGGAUACCUACAAUGUGGGGACCAUUCACAGCUUACUGUUACAGGUCAAUUUUAGACGGGAUUGAGCAUAUUGCAAUGGUUAAGGGCGACAUUGGAGAUGGACAAGAUGUUCUUGUGAGGGUACACUCAGAAUGUCUGACAGGAGACAUAUUUGGAUCUGCUAGAUGUGACUGUGGAAAUCAGCUUGCACUGGCAAUGCAGCAGAUUGAGGCUGCUGGUAGGGGUGUUCUGGUAUAUCUCCGUGGACACGAAGGAAGGGGCAUUGGAUUGGGCCACAAGCUUCGUGCUUACAACCUACAAGAUGAUGGACGGGAUACCGUAGAAGCCAAUGAGGAGUUGGGAUUGCCUGUUGACGCCAGGGAGUAUGGCAUUGGCGCGCAGAUGUUGAGGGACUUGGGCGUUCGAUCUAUGAAGCUGAUGACAAACAAUCCAGCAAAAUAUGUUGGACUCAAAGGUUAUGGUUUGACAGUUUCGAGUAGGAUCCCAUUGUUAACUCUCAUCACUUCUGAGAACAAGAGAUAUUUAGAGACCAAACGUGUGAAAAUGGGUCACAUAUAUGGGAUGGAAUUUAACGGGCAAUUGAGCACUCAUGACAAUUCUAAUGGUAAUUAAUGAAAAUGUCAUUGCCAGUAAGGUUGAAGAUUCUAGUGCUGUUACUGGAUUUCAAACCUGCUAUUUUUUUUUACUACAUACACAGCAGAUGAGGAAGUUGGUUUCAAAGAGUGUUUUUGUUUGAAACUAGUGUCCUAUCCCGGUGGUGCCUGGGUCCUUUUUAUCUUUUAUUUUAAAAUAUAGAUCAAUAAUAUGAUAUAAAAUAAAAUUUAUUUUAAAAUCCAAAA